AGCCCGGGCGGGGCGGGUGGGCCGCGGCGGGGGCGGCCCCGCGCAGCGGGUUCGGCCGCUGCCCCGCGCCCUGCGCUCCUCGCGUCCCCUCUCCCGCGCUGUCUGUCUCGCUCUGCGCCGCCCCGCGCUCUCUCCCUCGCUGGCUCGUUUGCUCGCUCGCUCUCUUUCUCCCCCUCUCGCGCCUCUCUGUGUCUCUGGCCCUCUGCCUGGCUCCUUUGGGUCUGCUUUUCGCUCCUGCCCCUCUCGCCGGCCGUCCUGCCUUCGCUUCUCGCGCUCUUGGGGUCUCUUGCCUCUGCACCCCCGCUGCACCCCCUCCCCGUCUCCCGAUCUCUCCUGGGGAGGGCGGAGGGGUGGCUCCUCCGAAAAUCGCAGCGGCGCCGGGGCUCCUAAGCCACUCCGGGCGCUGUUCCGGGGAGGAGGGGGGAAGCCCGGCCGGGCGGGAGGUGGGGGGGGAAGGAGGGGGGAGCCUUAGUCAUUUCCCUGCUCCAGCCUGUGCCCGCCGCCCGAGCGCGCACUCACGGCCGCUCUCCUUCCUCGCUCUGCAGCCGCGGCCCAUGGAGCCCGCCGGCCCGGCCCCCGGCCGCCUCGGGCCACUGCUCUGCCUGCUGCUCGCCGCGUCCUGCGCCUUGUCAGUGGCAGCAGAGGAGGAGCUGCAGGUGACUCAGCCUGACAAGUCCGUGUCGGUGGCAGCUGGAGACUCGGUGAUCCUGCGCUGCAGCGUAAACACCCUGCUGCCCGUGGGACCCAUAUACUGGUUCAGGGGGGCUGAGCCAGACCGGAAGAUGAUCUUUGACUUUAAGGGAGGCCAGUACCCCCGAGUCACAAACAUCUCAGACACCACAAAGCGACAGAACAUGGACUUUUCCAUCCGCAUCAGUGACAUCACUACAGCAGACACCGGGACCUACUACUGCGUGAAGUGGCAGAGAGAGGGUACUGCGGAUAAGGAGUUUAAGUCUGGACCGGGCACUCAGGUGUCUGUGCAAGCCAAACCCUCCCAACCUGAGGUGUUGGGCCCCACAGUGAGGGCGGCCACCAAGCAGACUGUGAACUUCACCUGUAAGUCCCGUGGCUUCUCUCCCCGCAACAUCAGCCUGAGAUGGUUCAAGAACGGGAACGAGCUCUCAGCCUUCCAGACCAGCGUGGAGCCCACAGGAGAGAGCGUCUCUUACAAUGUCUCCAGCACUGUCCAUGUGGUCCUGUCCAAUGAGGACGUGCGUUCACAGGUCAUCUGUGAGGUGGCCCACGUCACGCUGCAGGGAGGGCCUCUUCUGCGAGGGACUGCCAACUUGUCUGACACCAUCCGAGUUCCCCCCAACAUUGAGGUCACACAGCAGCCCGUGGGGACAGGGACCCAGGUGAACGUCACAUGCCACGUGGACAAGUUCUACCCCAAGAGCAUGCGGCUGACCUGGCUGGAGAAUGGAAACGUGUCCCGGCCAGAGGCAUCCUGGACGGAGGUGGAGAACAAGGACGGGACCUACAACCGCACAAGCUGGAUCCUGGUGAACAACUCUGUCCACAGGGAGGACAUGGUGAUUUCCUGCCAAGUGGAGCAUGAUGGGCAACCGGCAGUCACCAAAACCCACAAACUGCAGGUCUCAUCCCAGCCCAAGGAGCCCAACUCAAACACCAAUACCAGCAAGGACCAACCUGACAGUUGGAGCAUCUUCAUUGUGGUGGGUGUCGUGUGUGCCUUGCUGGUGGUCCUGCUGAUGGCAGCCCUCUACCUUCUCAGAAUCAAACAGAAAAAAGCCAAGGGCUCCACUUCUUCUACAAGGUUGCAUGAGCCUGAGAAGAACGCCAGAGAAAUAACCCAGAUCCAGGACACCAACGACAUCAAUGACAUCACCUACGCAGACCUCAACCUGCCCAAGGGGAAGAAGACAGCUCCGAGGGCUGCCGAGCCCAACAACCACACAGAAUAUGCCAGCAUUCAGACCGGCCCUCCGGUCACCUCGGAGGACACCCUCACUUAUGCUGACCUGGACAUGGUGCACCUCAACCGCACCCCAAAGCCGCCCGCCCCCAAGCCGGAGCAGUCCUUCUCUGAGUACGCCAGCGUCCAGGUGCAGAGGAAGUGAAUGGGACUUCCGGCUGCUCUUGGGCCUGUCCCCAAGAGCUUUCCUGUCCUGCAUGGAGCAGCCAUGAUGUGGACAGCCAGCCCAGGUUCCCGGAAGGCCGGGCGGUGGGGCUCUUCUGUCCCCAGCCCUUGUCUCUGCAGGGCAGCCAUGGCCCUCAUUCUUGCCACAUACUGGAAACUGGAGUUGCUGAAUUAGUCAAUGAGAUGGACCAAAGCUGGAGUUCUCCGUGCCUCUGUCCUCCAGAGCGUGAGUCUGAGUCAUGGUUGUGGGGGCCCUGGACAGACCUGCAUCUUACAAAACCUGAUCUUCCAGGGGGCGGAAAUUAACAG